GGACUGUCUGUCCAACUUUUAUUUUCAGCAGUCCCCCAAUUCAAGGGUAUGCCACUUCCUGAGUGACUGGUAAGGGAACUUGGGCUUGGCCACGGUGCAUUCCAUCCUAGGGACCGUUCAAUCAACAGCCAAGGUUUGCUCUACCCUACUGCUUUUUCCCUAGGUUGCCUCUGUCAAGCUUCUUUCUCCACCACCCCUUUGCAUAAACCCUUCCUUCUGGAGCAGGAUCCCAGGACUGCUUCCUUCCUGGCUCUCACCUUUUCCUGCUCUUAAGUCCAGAGCGUGACUGCAUACUUCCAUUCUGUAGCCUCCUUCUAUCCUUGCUUGCUGGUCUUAUGCCAGCCCUGCCUGCUACUGCCACUGGGCUCAAUCCUCAGUAGGUGUCUGCCUCUGAAGCCUGACUCCUCUCAGGUGUGGUUCAAAGGGGCUAAGAAACUUGAUAGGCCACAUUAACUCUUUCCAGGCCAGUGUGAGAUGAACACACCAUCAUAGAAGCACUUAGAUACCAUGAUAAUAGAAGCGAUAUAAAUACUUAAGACAGGUAAAUUUUCUUGUGUGACUUCUAAAAGAAGAUUUGAAUUUAACUGUCCAAAUAGUAAAAGGUGGGUGCACGUACCCAUACAUCCACCUAACGUCCAUAAGUGGGUCUGUUUUAAUUAUGGGUAGAGGUUUUAGUGGGAGGUCUCUCUCAUGGGAAGAAAAAGUAAACAUUCUAUUUCUAUUGAUUUGUCUUUAUUUACUUUUUCAUUUGUGUGUGUGUGUGUGUGUGUGUGUGUGUGGAUGGAUCACGGUACUAUUUUUUUUUUUUUUCAUUUGCUGAUUGACUAUCCUAGCUAUGUGUUGUGCACCUCAGUCACUUUGGCACAUUUGAAAACUCCACCCAAGGAGACCAAUGUAGGAUGCAGUUAAAGAUCUAGCACUGUGUUAAUAAAAUGCCCAGUGAAAAUGGCACUCUCAUAAGCAAACCCUCCUCCCUGCACAGCACUAGGAUAUGUAUAAUGUAUGUGCAAGCGGAGUUUCUAUCUGUAAGGCUUGUAGUACAACUUGAAGCUGCAGAGCACUGGCCCUGUGAUUGGAGUUGCUAUGGUGAGCAGAAUUCUGUUUACACUCCCUCCUCCAGCUGACCUGGAGUGAGGCUGGACAGCCAGCAGAGCAGCAGCAACCAAAGGAGGAAAAACCAGAAGACAGUGUGUGCGGUGGGGUGAGAGUGCCAUGGGUCCCCUGCAAUUGCAGCAGUUGACGGUGGUCGGGUUUCUCAAAGAGCCUGUGUUCCACGUGGCGAAGCGUACAGCAGAGGAACUGAAAGGUGAAACCUGGGAGUAUCCCUCCAGCGUGAUGUGUUUUAUUGAUGGCCAACUGCUGGGAAGUGAACAAGAAUUGCUCAAGUGGGCUUAUGACAAGUGGAACUACCAAGAUUUUAAACCUGUGGCACUUUACCAAGCUAUUACUGAGGAUUUUUACACCAAACAUAUGCAAAAUAGCAAGCAUGUGUUUGUGUACAUGGAUAUAGCUAUUCAGGAGCAGCCCACAGGCACCUUGUUAUUUGAGCUCUAUUCUGAUAUGUGCCCCAAAACCUGUGAGAAUUUUCGCUCUUUGUGUACAGGAGAAGCAGGGACUUCUCGCAGUGGUCUGGAGCUUACUUAUAAAGAGUCAGUUUUUCAUCGAUUAGUAAAAAAUGGCUGGAUACAAGGAGGAGACAUAACAGCUGGAAGAGGAGACAGUGGUGAGUCAAUUUAUGGACCCACUUUUGAAGAUGAAAACUUUUCCAUUCCUCACAACAAAAAGGGGAUUCUUGGGAUGGCCAACAAGGGACGUCACAGCAAUGGUUCACAGUUUUAUAUCACACUACAGCCAGCUCCCUAUAUGGAUAAAAAAUAUGUGGCUUUUGGACAGCUGAUUGAAGGUACAGAAGUUCUUCAGAAACUGGAAGAUGUAUCUACGUACAAUGAAAGGCCUGUAGUAGAAUGUAAAAUUAUUAACUGUGGCGUUCUUGUGCCUUGAUUACAAGCCAAUUUACCUUCCUACUGCAAUGCGUAAAAAUGCAUAUGUUUCUGACCAGCCUUUUAUAGAUUUUGUACUCUUUUUUUAAUCUAAAAUAGCAUUUUUAUACAUCUAAACUUUUUAGCUUGAUAUUUUUUCUAUUCUAAACAUGUUCAUGGUUUGUUCACACAAAUUCUUACAUGAAUAUACUAAUGGGCUUGGGAAUUUAACGUUAUGCCAUUAUAUAGCUAUACAAAUUAUUGUGUAAAUAUGGAUGUCCAGUGAGAGAUUACAUUACUGUAGGCUGCACUAUAAAUAAUCCUGUUAAGUAGAACACUAAUUAGCACUACUUCAUAAUUGAAUUUGCUAUUGAUUGAUUGUGAUGAGUGGACGCAAUUAUUUACCUCUGGCCCAAUUCUGCCAUUCUUGUGUCAUACUAAAUCAUACCUCAUGCCACUGGUAAUAAUAAAAUCAGUGCAUGUGAGGUAAGGUACAACUCAACAUAAGGGUGGUACUGGGCGGUCUCUGAAUAUCAGAGGUCUGAUCUCACUUACACCAGUAUAAAUCAAGAGUUACCACUGAAGUCAAUGGAGCUACACCAGAGUAAAACCGGCGUAUGUAAAAUUAGACCCAGGCCCUAGACAUAUAUUUAAUUAUUUUGUUUACAGAUUGUAUCAAAUUAUUAAGAUAUUUGGACCCACCUGAACCCAUUAAAAUGCUAAAAUUACACCAAAACAGGAAAUUAUAAACUAUACCCUAUUAUCCAAGAUAUCCAUGAGAUUUUGCAAAUAGCAAUGAGUAGAUGUGGUUUCAAUGAGUGUGAAAGUUCCACAUAAAGAAGUCAAUGUUUAUCUAAAUGGUGUAAAAAACCUUCAUUUAUGACUCAUGAGACUAAACACUCAACUCGUUGCCAAUUGCCAUAGUAGUAAUUUCUGAGAUGAAAGAUGUUUCUUAGGCAUAGUAUAGGAGUAGUGACAGCAGAUGGUUUCAGCAGAAGCUGGCAAAUGGAUGGCAAGUGUGGAAAAAGACUGUGUCCCAGAAUCUCAACAAAGAUAAUCCAUAACCAUUAAAAUCUCUCUAACAUGUCUGCAACUGGCAAAAGAGUCUUUGAUUUUUUACUUUACCUUCCUGUGUAAAGCACUGUGAAAUCAACAGAUGAAAAUUUGUAAGACCUAAGUACACCAAUGACUUUUGUAAAAAGAAAAGGAGUACUUGUGGCAAUAUCUGCAAAAAGAAAAGGAGUACUCACUAACACGGCUGCUACCCUGAAAUGACUUUUGUGUUUGUAUUUGGAUUCUGGCAAUCAGAACCAAUAAAAUUUCCCACUGUAACUUGA